AUGAACGACAACGACCGCGCAGCCGCUGGCCGGCCGGGCCGCUCGUCGCCGUUUCCCUCCGUCGCAUCAUCAUCAUCGUUAUCGUCUCCUUUUCUCUCCGCUCCAUUGCAACCACAUCCGCAACGUCUCGGCGGCACGCCACAACUGCACCUGACCGCCCGCUUCCUCUCCCUCCCCGACGUUCACAUCGACAUACCCGACCCCGGCCGCGUCACCGUCGUUGGCCUCAAGACGCUGAUUCGCAAGCAGCUCGUGCACGCCGCGGCCGAUGCUGACAACAAGGCAAUAGCAGACGAAAAAGGAAACACAAAAGGAAAAGAAAAGGGAAAAGAAAACGAGCACCCGUCCUCCUCGCCCACCCUCCACGAUGCCCACCGCCGACGCCUGCGCAUCAUCUACGCCGGCAAGAUCCUGGCCGACGACGUGAUCCUGGGCCACGUCCUGCGUCCUGUGCCGCCUCCUCCGCGCGCCGGCCGCUCGCCCUCGGUGUCGACCUCCGCUGCCUCGACGCCCGUUGGCAACCAGUCCACAAAUACCAGCGGCGCCGCGCCAUGGGCAGGGACGGAUACGCCACCGUCGGCGUCGCCGGUCGAGGGCGUGGUGGGUCGGGUCUACGUGAACUGCAGCAUCGGCGACAUUUUGCCCGAGAGCGAACUCGCCGCCGAAGCCGAUGCCGCAGCCGUUGCCGCAGCCGCAUCCGCAGCCGCCUUGCACCACAACCGCGGCGGGUCAUCCGCCGUAUCUGGCAUAUCCGGCAUAUCCGGCAUAUCCGGCAUAUCCGGCAUAACCGGCCCCUCGACGCCCGGGCCACGGGGCGGUGCCAUGCGCCUCGACCCCACCCACCGCCGGGGCGCGAGUGGCGGUGGCGGAGGCGACAGCAGCAACCGGAACAGCACCAACGGCAACAGCCAUGCUGGGCCGUCUUCGGAAACACAGCAUCCGCCACAUGCGGGCCACGCCGGCCACGGCGGCCGCAGCACAACGACCACGCCGGCCCCGCGCGGCUUCGAGCGCCUGCUGCAAGCCGGCUUCACCGCCGCCGAGGUCAACCAGCUGCGCCUGCAGUUCAACACCAUCCAGUCCAACCGCUUCACGCCCGACACCAUGCCGUCGCCCGACGCGCUGCGCACCAUGGAGGACAACUGGCUGGACAAUGACCAGAACGCCAACGGCACGGCCGCUGCGCCCGCGCUGGGCCGUGGCGGCGGCGGCGCGGGCGGCGACGACGGCAUGCCGCCUGUCGAGGACACGGGCCUGCCCAACAUGCUGGACACCAUGGUGCGCGCCAUGGUCAUUGGCUUCAUGUUUCCGCUCGGCAGCAUGAGCUGGCUGAUGCGCGAGGAGGGGCUGUGGACGCCACGCUGGCGCAUGUUUGUAAGCAUGGGCAUCGUCGUCAGCCUCAUGAUUGGCUCCGUCAAGACGCUGGCCCGAGAGUGGUAA